ACUCUUGUUUUCCAAUACCACCCAAGAAACCCAAAUUCCAUAUAUAUAUACACACACACAUAGACAUAACUCACCUUUGCUUUGCUUCACUUCCUCCAUAUCCAAUAUCCACAAAAAUAGAAACCUACCCACGAUUCUAUAUAUAUACAUAACACUCAUUCAGGGAAGAAAAAGAGAAGAAAGGGAAGAAAAAAAAUUCUCUUGUGGGUAUGGUUUUUUUUUGUUAAAAUUUAAUUUAAUGGAGACCCGAUCUAGCUAGGGUUUGUUGAUUGUGGGGAAGAAUGGGGAGAGGUAGGGUUCAUCUGAGGCGGAUCGAGAACAAGAUUAAUAGGCAAGUGACUUUCUGCAAGAGGAGGGCUGGUUUGCUGAAGAAAGCGCAUGAGAUCUCUGUCUUGUGUGAUGCUGAUGUUGCCUUAAUUGUCUUCUCCAACAAAGGCAAACUCUUUGAGUUCUCUUCAGAUUCAAGCAUGGACAAGAUCCUAGAAAAAUAUGAGCGAUAUUCCUACUCAGAACAGCAUUUCAUGACUGGUACUGCUUCUGAACCACAGGAAAUCUGGCCUGCUGAGUAUCCCAAGCUCACGAGUAGGCUUGAAGUCUUGCAAAGAAACAUAAGGAACUACAGUGGGCAAGAGCUUGAUCCCUUGAGCUUUAGAGAGCUCCAACAAUUGGAGCAACAAAUUGAUACUGCCCUUAAACGUGUUCGACUAAGGAAGAACCAACUAUUGCAUGAUUCUGUCUCAGAGCUGCAGAAGAAGGAAAAAGCACUGCAGGAGCAGAACAACUUGCUAGCAAAGAAGCUCCUGGAGAAGGAGAAGACACUGAAUGUUGCACAGUGGGAGCCCCAAAACUCGUCAGCUUUUAUCCUGCCGCAGCCACCACCACCACCACCACAUCCGUUUUCUGCUUUAACCAUUGGUGGCACAUUCCAGGCGAGAGGAGUCGAUGGAGAUACCAGAGCUCAUCAAACUCAACCUUCAAGUUCCAGUACCCUCAUGCCACCAUGGAUGAUUCGUCAUGUGAAUGGAUUAGAGGGCUAAACCUCUGUUUCCACUACUUCAUUAGAGCAGGGAUUUUGCAGUGCCUCUAGUGGCUAAACUGUGCCUGAGUAAAAUGUAAUCAACGUGUGUUGAAAAAUCCACCCCAAACACUACAAACCAAUAUU